AUGUAUUGGCUUUUUCGUCAACUGAAACAGCGAAAUAAUUCAACAACAACAACAUCAUCAUCAAACAAAUUAACUUCAAGUUACUAUUAUCAUGCUUCAUCACUUCCAUUUAUUUAUAAAACAGUAAGUCAAAGUUUUGAUGAAAUUGCUGCUAAAUAUCAAGAUCAUGAAUGUUUUUAUUUUAAAAAUGAAGGCAAAAGAUAUACAUUUAAAUCAUUCCAAGAUGAAAUUGAUAGUUUAGCUGCAGUACUUAUUGAAUUAGGAUUUGAAAAAAAUGAUCGGCUUGCUGUUUGGUUGCCAAACACAUCAGAAAAUGUUGUAGUGGCAUUUGCUGCAUCGAAAAUAGGUCUUAUUAAAGUUAAUAUCAAUCCAGCGUAUGUUGAACGUGAACUUGAAUAUUGUAUAAACAAAGUUGGAUGUAAAGAACUUGAUCAAUAUUCAACAUCUCGAGAACUUUUUUCGAAAAAUUUACCAACGUUAAAACAUGUUAUUCUAACUGGUAAAUCAUUGUCCAUAUCUGGAUUCCAUUCAUAUAAUGAUCUAAUUGAACAUGGUAAAAAAAUAUCUCAUCAUAGUAAAUUACAUGAGCGACAAAUAUCUGUUAAUCCUGAUUCACCUGCUGCUAUAUUUUAUACAUCAGGUACAACAGGUCAACCUAAAGCAGCAACAGUAACACAUUUUUCAUUGAUCAAUAUGGCUCAAGCUCAAUGGGAACAUUUCGGACCUUAUUUUACUUGUAUUUGUGUUCCUAUUCCAUUGUUUCAUAUGCUUGGAGAAGUUGGUGGUAAACUUAAUACUGCUUUAGCAAAAUGUAAAGUUGUCUUUCCAGCUAUUUUACCUGAUCCAGUUGCGACAAUGCAAGCUAUUCAUGACGAAAAAUGUACAGCACUCAUUGGUGCACCAAUUAUCUUUCGAGAUAUUUUAUCACAUCCAGAUCGAAAGAAAUAUGAUCUCACUUCAUUAAAGCUUGGUGUGAUCGCUGCAAGUCCUAUGUAUUAUGGAUUUUUACGUCAACUAGAAAAAGAAAUUCCAAUAGAACGUAUUGCGCAAACUUAUGGAUUGACAGAAAGUUCUGGAUUAAUUACAAGUGGUCUAUGGGCUGGUGAUGGUGAUUCAAAACGCCGAGUGGGAUCAAUUGGACGAUGUAUGCAACGUAUAGAAAUCAAAAUUGCGGAUCGUGACGGAAAUGUGGUACCUAUUGGACAACAAGGUGAAAUUUGGGCAAGAUAUUAUCCAGUUAUGGCUGGAUAUUAUGGUGAUCCAGAUAAAACACAAGAAACAAUAACACCAUCAGGCUGGCUUCGAACAGGAGAUCAAGCAACAAUGGAUGAAGAUGGUUAUCUUUAUUUUGUAGGACGUCAAAAAGAAAUGAUUAUUCGUGG